CUCUCCCUGACUUUCUCGGUGGUACCUGACCGGGAAUCGCUUCCACCCCCCCUGCAUAGGGCCCGACAGCUUCACUCCCCAACUUUAUUUAGUCAAUAUGCCACCACCGCGCUCUAUCCUCCAAACUUAUCGUCUCAUCUCACCGCGCAAACCCUCCGCCCACCGUCUCUUCUCAACUCCUCCUCCUCCUCCUCCUCGCCCACCCCCUUCCGCAAAAGAUGUCCGGUCGCGUCUACACAGAUUAAAUGAUCGUCUUCCAGCCUCGGUCCGUCCCUACACCACACCUCUUCUCGGAGCUCCCGCAACGCACAUUACAUCCUUCCUCAUCCUGCACGAGAUCACCGCUGUGAUCAGUCUAUUUGGAUUGGUGGCUGCCUUUCAUUAUAACAAUGGAUUGCUCCCGGAUAUGUCCUCCAAUCAAUUGUUCGAGGAGCAGACGCAGAAGUUCGGACGUUGGCUGCGGAAGAAAGGCUGGGUGGAGGAGGUGGAUGUGGAUACUGUAGCUGAGGAGUAUGGAGGGGACGGUGCACACCACCAUGGCGAGGCGGAACGGUCAGCGCUGUCAGUCCAAGGGGAACGGGAGGGAGUGAGGUUGAUCUUGGAGUUUGCAACAGCUUAUCUCAUUACCAAGGCCUUAAUGCCGGCCCGCAUCGUGGUGAGUGUUUGGGCUACCCCGUGGUUUUCUAGAGCCGUGCUUUCGCCAUUGGGAAGGGGUGCUAGAGGGCUGUUUGGGAAGAAAUGAUUGUCGGAUCAGGCACCCUGUAUGUAGUAUGUAUGAUAUAGUGUUAGACGGGUUUAAGCUUUGUACGGAG